UCCAACUCUCUUUCAUCCAGAUGAUGGCAUUUGCCAUUGAAAAUCCAUAGUCGACAUAAGAUUCUUCAUCCCCCAAGAGUGGGAUAAAGUAUGAACUGCUUUUCAGUGAGAAUGGAUUUUGGGGUAACAAUUCCAACUUCAUGCAUUCUUUCCUCCUCUUCCCCUUUAUGUCCGUGGUGCCCUGAAAACGUUGGCUGGGUGCUGGGGUGUGAGGAGCCAUGCCCAGGUCGCGCUGGUUUUCUCUCCCCAGCUGCGGAGCUCAGCAAGUUGUGCCGCUGUGCUUCGGAGCUCACUGUUCACUCUGAGGGCCGAACCUCUGUUGUAAAUUUUCCUCCCAGGACACGUGACGAUGCAUUUCUUGACUAUAUAUCCCAACUGCAGCUGCAAAUUUGUCAGAGCGCUGAGCUCGGCUCCGAGGUAGGGCGCUCUUGGACUUGGCGAUCCAGGAAUUCAGAACGUGGGACGAUUUUGUCAGUCUGACCCCCGCUGUGUGAGCAGUGCUUCAAUGCUGAAGAUGGAGCCUCUGAACAGCACCCACGCCAGCACCGCCGCCUCCAGCAGCCCCCGGGAGUCCCAUGUGCCCGGCAGCGGCAGCGGCAAUGGCAACGAAUACUUCUACAUCCUGGUGGUCAUGUCCUUCUACGGCGUUUUCUUGAUUGGUAUCAUGCUGGGCUACAUGAAGUCCAAGCGGCGGGAGAAGAAGUCCAGCCUGCUGCUGCUAUACAAGGACGAGGAGCGCCUCUGGGGUGAGGCCAUGAAGCCACUGCCCAUGGUGACGGGUCUGAGGUCCGUGCAGGUGCCCAUGAUGCUGAACAUGCUGCAAGAGAGCGUGGCGCCCGCCCUGUCCUGCACCCUCUGCUCCAUGGAAGGGGACAGCGUCAGCUCCGAGUCCUCCUCUCCGGACGUGCACCUCACCAUCCAGGAGGAGGGGGCGGAUGACGAGCUGGGGGAGACUUCAGAGACGCCCCUCAACGAAAGCAGCGAAGGCUCCUCUGAGAACAUCCACCAGAAUUCCUAGCACCCCCAGGGGCUCUGGAGGUGACCCCGUCAGCUAGCACCCUUAGCGAGAGCAAGGACACUUGGCAAGUGUCUGCUUUCACUUUCCCAGGGCAGCUGCCACUUUGGAGAGACCCGUGGUGAGCCCCCAAACCGGGGUGGGGUGGGGGACAAGGCUCGGCCAGAGCCAGCAGCAGCAGCCAGAAGACCACCAUGGGCCUGUGGCGUGGCCCCACCGCUAAAAAAGCACGGAAGACACGCAGUGUGUAGAUUUACUCUGGGGCCUGGGUGUUGGGGUUGCUGUUCAGAACUUGGUGCAGGAGCAUCUGUGGCUGUUGCUUUCUCACUGGACGACCUUGGUAACUCUUGCAGCAUCUGCCCACUCAGAGGGCUUCCUGGGAGAAGCCCAGGGCCUAGUUUUGAUUUGCUAACUCGCCCAGAGCUUUGUUCUUCUAGAUCUGGUUGGCUGAAAGUACCUCUACUGUGUGCCCCUGGCAUUAGUUCCCAGCCAGUUACAGAGCUUCCUUGGGAUUAGAGGGAGAAAUUUGAUGGAAGAUUUUUGACGGGAGAAAGCUGGAGAUCUGUGCCUGACCUGUUUCCAUACUGUAAGAAAACAAAUGUAACUUUUAAACCUGUUAACACUGGCUGGGGUUAUAGGAGAUGAUCAGCUACAUUGACUCAUGUUUAACCUAUGACCCUUAGCUCUCUGACUUGUGACUGCCCAGUUUCAAAUCCUGGCCUGAUGUCUUUUUUAGUUGGAAGGGCUUACCUAAAAUCUGACCUGCACUCUGAAUGGCCAUGCAGAGGCGUCUUGCUGACCUUUCUAGAAGGGGUAAUGGUGGGGUUGAAUGAGGCCAAACCGUUAGCUCUGCUGCUGCUCAUUUUCCCAGCCUUGUCUCCCGAGCUGGGAAGAAGGACAUCAUGAGGGCCUCCACAGUGUGGUAUUCAGUCACGUAGCUGACAUCUAGAAGGGCAUUCUCAGGCAGAGAUUACACAAAGCUGGGGGCCAAGUUCUGUGUUUCCUGGUCCCAGGUCCUGACACUCGUUUGCUGUGUGGCCCUGGGCAUAUCAUCAAGAGGCUUACUGCCUUUCUGAGGCUUCUAAAGAUCCAUAUCCCCAGAGGGCUGGGAGGAUGAUAAACUCUGUGAUAAACCCCUGCAAGGCCUGGUGUGAAGAAGCUGGAGAACCGCAUAUUCCCUUUUUGGCCAGUUAGUCUAAAAAGGGCUGGGAUCUGCCUAUUUGAAGGAGCAGUUGGAGACUCCAAGCACAUGUAACUGGGGAAUUUAGGGUGAAUCACCAACCCAUUCCUGCUUUAGUUUUCCCAGGAUUGAAUCAAAGAGGCAGAGACCACAUUUUACUCUGCAAAGCUCUAGGGGUGAGAUUCCUGGUGACGGAAUGUUAACACACCCAGCUAAGGGAAUGAGAAGUCUGAAAGAAAAAAACGCUCCACCAUGCUCGCCAGCGUCUCCAUAGAUUCCUAGACGUUUUAGACCCGAGAAGGCAAGGAGGAAGAGAAACACACCGAAAGGUCAAAUUUAGUUCUAGUAAAGAAACUUUUAUUUUUUUUAAAUGGAGGAACAUAAUCUCCCUGGAUUGGAGACACAGCACAAACUACUGUCACCAGGAAAGGGUUAAGAGAAUAGGAGAUAAUUUAUCCAUGGGCCCUAACACAGAGCAAGAGGAAAUUUAUGUUUGGGGGUGGGGGGAAGGGCCCUUCGGUCACUUUAAAAUUCAGAGUGUGGAUUUACUCCAAAGGGGACUGGUUAAGUUGCAAGAAGCCAAGUUAAGCUUGGCCCUUUGCCUGGAAUCACUUGAAUUCUGAAACUUUACUGCGAUGGACAUGUGCGUUGUCACAUUUUCCGUUGCUUUAUCCUGAAGUGGAGGGGUGCAAGUCUCUCUGCGCUUGUGCGAAAGGGAUGUAUAUACUUCUUAUUCUAUUGAGUUGUACAGAAUUGUCUUCUGUAUUUAACAGUUUGUAAUUUUCACAGUAUGUUUUAAUUUAAAUAAACACAUUUUCGCUGGGAAGUCACGAAUUCUUUCUUUGAAUCUUCAACAUAAUUCCCAAUUUCUAAGAAAUACAGACAUCCGAUUCCCAGUUUCUAAGAAAUCCAAGCCAUCUUUGGGUUUUGCUCAUUUUCCAAGCCAGACUCUCUCUAAGGCAUAUCUUAUUUCUGCCUUAUGCCUAGAAUAAGCAAGGCUUGGCUUGUCUGUCCUUUGAGGUGCUUUGCAAUGAAUGGAAAACAAACUGCAGAUGGCCUUUCAUCAACAUCUCUGUUUUUAAUUUGGUGGCCCAGCGCCUUUGGAUAUGAACCUGCAAGGACAUGGCAACUACCUCUAAGAUGUUGCUCCAAAUUUGGCUGUUAGAAAAAGUUUGCUUUGCAUGUUGGCUUGGCACAUACUAUCCACACACGUGGCCCUAGCAGCACAAGCUCAUGGGCAAAGAGUUGCAGUUUUUGUAGCAACACAAACCUAUGAAGCUGAAGCCUGUAAGCUGG